CCACCACAGUCUCGUUUAUCCUUCCCAAAUUAUACAGUCUCCAUGUGUCUGUGAGAUAUAUCGCAAUCUUUUUUCUGUCUCUGCUCGCCAAAAUGUGAUUCCUACUUCUCUAGCUUCCAGCGUUCUCUUGCUUGCGCAUUCCUCUCUUUCUGCUUCCCCUUUUGACUCCUUUCUCUCUCUAUUAGCUCGUUUCCUACCAUUUUUAGCGUUUCUCCAUAUUCUCUCUCUCCAAUGUGGCUUGCUGCCUCGGGUCCAUCUUCCUUAUCAGGGGACCAUUUCUCACUAUUUUUUCCUCUCUCUCCGCUGUACCCAUCUCCCCUCAAGAACCCCUUCUCUCUCACCCUCACCCACCCUCGCAACCCUCGUUACUGCGCAACAUCAGCUUCUCAUUGCAGUAAUGGGACUGUGAGCAAGACCGCAAUUCAACGGAUUGCAGAGAAGCUCAAAAGCCUCGGCUAUGUUGAGGAAUUAAAUGAUUCAGAGCCCCAAUGUACAGGCCCUGGUUCUCCCGGUGAGAUUUUCAUCCCUCGCUUGGAAAACCUGGCUAAAAUUAGGGUUGGCUCCACGCUGGACAAAAGCUGGAGCACACCAGAGAACCCAGUUCCAGAGCCUGGCUCUGGGUCUGCGAUCUCUAGGUUCCAUGUAUUGCGAAAAGAGGCAAAGAAGAACGCUGUCAAGGGUGAGAGAGGGAGUGCACCAAGUUUAGCAGAGCUAAGAAUUCCUGAGGCAGAGUUGCAGAGGCUUCGAUCCAUUGGGAUCUGUUUGGAGAAGAAGCUCAUUGUUGGCAAACCUGGCGUCACUGAGGGUAUUGUCAAUGGGAUUCAUGAGAGAUGGCGGAGGUCUGAGCUUGUGAAGAUAAAGUGCCAGGACCUGUCCAUGGUCAACAUGAAGAGGACUCAUGAAAUAUUGGAGACAAAAACAGGAGGCAUCGUUAUUUGUAGAUCAGGGAGUAUAAUUAUCUUGUACAGAGGUGCCAACUACACAUAUCCUUAUUUUGUUGCUGGUGAGGAUUUGUCGGAAAAUGAGGAUAUUCAUGAAGUAUCCUUCAAAUCAUCUGUGGUUUAUGGAAGUGGAUCUAAUGAGGAAAACAAAACAAAUUCACUACCUAGAGUUGGUGGCAUUUCUGCUGUGGAAGCCACGCAAAUCACUGGCCGUUCCAUUGUAUUGGGUGUUGGUUCUCCGAAUAAAGUGAGAUUCCAACUUCCAGGUGAAAGGCAACUAGAUAAAGAGGCUGAUAGGUUAUUGGAUGGACUAGGUCCAAGAUUUACUGAUUGGUGGGGAUAUGGACCUCUACCAGUUGAUGCUGAUCUCUUACCUGCUACUGUCAGUGGUUAUCGCAAGCCCUUCAGGCUUCUUCCUUAUGGUGUGAAGCCAAAGUUGACAGAUAGCGAGAUGACUACUCUAAGGAGACUUGGUCGGCCAUUACCUUGUCAUUUUGCAUUAGGACGAAACAGGAACCUUCAGGGAUUGGCAACAUCCAUAGUCAGGUUAUGGGAAAAAUGUGAAAUUGCAAAGAUUGCUGUUAAGAGAGGAGUUCAAAAUACUAACAGUGAGUUAAUGGCAGAAGAGCUAAAGCGGCUAACUGGAGGGACUCUUCUUUCAAGGGAUAGGGAAUUCAUUGUCUUCUACAGAGGAAAAGAUUUUUUGCCCCCUGCUGUUUCUUCUGCGAUAGAAGAACGGAGGACAGUGGACGUCUUACGUAAGCAACUGAAGGGAAAUCGAAAUUUAGAUUUAUCAAGUCAGGCCUCACUUGGAUAUGAUGUUCGACUUGUCAAAACUACUUCCGAUGCUGAAUUACAAGAUUUAAACAAUCAGGAUGAAGAAAAGUUAUCUAAAGAUCAACUGAAGCCCAUGAAAGUAAAUGUGGCCAUGAAAAGACUGGACUGGAAGCUGUCAGAGGCAUUAGAAAAGAAACAAAUGGCAGAGAGGAAACUUGCAGAGCUAGAGAGCAAGGCUGAGCUUUCGAAACCAGAUAUUGACAAGGAGGGUAUCACUGAAGAAGAAAGAUAUAUGCUAAGGAAGGUUGGAUUGAGAAUGAAGGCGUUUUUGCUGUUGGGCAGACGAGGAGUUUUUGAUGGAACAAUUGAAAACAUGCAUCUUCACUGGAAGUAUAGAGAACUUAUAAAGAUCAUUUCGAAAGAUAGGAGCAUUGCAGAGGUCCACCAUGCAGCUCGAACAUUGGAGGCUGAAAGUGGUGGAAUAUUGGUUUCAGUUGAGACAGUGAACAAGGGUCAUGCUAUUAUUGUCUAUCGUGGGAAGAAUUACCAGCGACCUGAUAAUUUGAGGCCUCAAAAUCUCUUAAACAAAAGAGAGGCGAUGAAGCAUUCUUUAGAGGCACAGCGUCGUGAGUCACUCAAGCUUCACGUUUUGAAGCUGGAUAGAAUUAUAGACCGGAUGAAACUUCAGAUGGCAAAAGAUGAUAGAGUGGUGGCUUCUCCACAUUCAACAAGAUAUUUGGGUUCUUCAAAUUGUGAAUUGGGGAACACCGAGCACACCCUGGGAUCCUUGGAUUAUUCUAAUCAUUUCAAGGAUAUGGAGAAUGGAGAUGCAUCCCAAGGUCCUCUGCAUUCUUCUUCCAGUGAUGAUGAAGAUGUUGUGACUCCUUCAAAUGGUGUGAGGUGGUCCACUUCUUAUGCCGAUGAUGCACAGGUCUUGACUCCUAGCCAUGGAAAGCAAGUAGUUGUAAAAAGACGUUUUCCCAGGGAUUUUGAGAAAUCACCCAAAGAUGUGUCUUCAUCAAAAACAGUUGUCUCUAGAUCAUGCUCCUGUGUAUCUCAAGAUGAAGCAGAAGAGAGAUUGGAGCUUGAACCAGAUUUUCAUACUGAAGAUAUCAUGCUUCAUAAUAAGCCUGCAUUGGCCACCACAGAGGGUGAACCUCUGCUCCCUCCAAUGAUCGAACCGACGGGCUUAUCAUCUAAAGCUCCCCUUGGUAAUACCAGCUCAUCCAAACCUUUGGAUAAACGAGUAAGCAGUAUUGGCGUUGAAACCUCUUUCAAAGCGCAGUCUCUUUCCAAUAAAGAGAGGCUCAUUCUAAGAAAGCAAGCACUGACAAUGAAGAAGCGUCCUGUUCUUGCUAUUGGGAGGAACAAUAUCGUUACUGGGGUUGCAGAAGCAAUCAAGACACACUUCAAGAAGAACCCACUUGCUAUAGUGAACGUGAAAGGUAGGGCCAAGGGUACUUCAGUUCAGGAGGUUGUCUUCAAGUUAGAGCAAGCAACGGGUGCAGUGCUGGUCUCCCAAGAGCCCAACAAGGUGAUACUCUAUAGAGGGUGGGGUUUAGGAGACCAGAACUCAGGAACCGUAUCCAAAACCAGUAAGCGAAGUAUAAAUGGAGGCAAGGCAUUGGGAAGGUCAGGGAAUGGUUUUGUGGGCGUCAAAGAUGCGUCCCCGCAGCUCUUGGCUGCCAUGAGAUUGGAAUGUGGAUUGAUAUCCAAUGAAGAGUAGAAUGGAUGUUUCUUCAGCACCGAGGGCUUGUUGAGGUCAACUCGGAAAACAUUGCAAAUAUUCUAAGUAGUUUUUCACGAUCUGCCUGUGAAAUAUUGCUGAAAGUUUUAGAGCCCAUGGCUAGGAGAGGAUCAAUUUGGCCACUAGAGUAGGAGAGAAUGAUUUUCACUGAUAAAAUCUGUUAUUAAAAUGUUACAUAAGUAAAUAAUAUUCCCAAAGGUGUUCCCAAGAAAACCCUACUUGGACUAUUUUUAGAUCCCAAAAUUUUGGGGAGGUAACCUUGACAAAGACAAGAAUUAAUACGCCCUGUAUGUAAGCGACCGGUUCAGUUCAAAUCGU